AUGUUUUUCAUGCGUGCAAUUUGUUUGACGGUGUGCGCACUUGCCAUCGCGAAUGCCGAUAUUGGGCUUGAAUUACGAAGCAAUCCGCAUUAUUUGCCGCCAAAAUCCAGUUAUGAAGCUCCUCUUGGCGCUGUGAACAGAAAUUACCAACAACAAGGAUUCAGCUCGCAAAGCUUUAACAAUGGCAAUGGACAUGGCAGUGCAUCGGCUAGCUUCCAAAUUCAACAACAAAGAUUAGAGCAAUUGCCAACGCAACAACAAACCUUGCCAGCUGGUCAACAAUCGUACCAUCAAGGAGGUAACCAAGGCGGUAACUUGCCUGCUGGACAACAAUCAUACCAUCGUGGAGGUAACCAGGGUGGAAACCACGGAGGAAACUUGCCAGCUGGACAACAAUCCUACCAUCGUGGAGGUAACCAAGGAGGAAACCACGGAGGAAAUUUGCCUGCUGGACAACAAUCAUAUCACCGUGGCGGAAAUCAAGGUUCAGGAAACCAAGGAGGUUUCGGAGGAAACCAAGGAGGCUUCGGAGGAAACCAAGGAGGCUUUGGAGGAAACCAAGGAGGCUUCGGAGGAAACCAAGGCGGUUCCGGAGGUUUCGGAGGAAACCAUGGAGGUAACCAAGGAGGCUUCGGAGGUAACCAAGGAGGUUUCGGUGGAAACCAAGGAGGUUUCGGAGGAAACCAAGGAUCAGGAUCCUCAGGAAGUCAUGGCUCUGGUGAAGGAAAUGUCCAAAAGCACUUCUACGUCUUCGCUGCUGAAGAUGAACCAGCUCCCCAACAACCACAACAACAAGCUCCAGUCCAAAAUAACAAACACUACAAAAUUAUCUUCAUCAAGGCUCCCGAUUAUGCCACUCAACAACAACAAAUUCUUCAACAACAAGCUAAGAACGAAGAAAAGACAAUCGUCUACGUUUUGGUGAAGAAACCCGAAGAUAUUGAACAAUUCCAACAACAACAAGCCCAGAAACACACUCCAAGCAAACCAGAAGUUUACUUUAUCAAAUACGGCGGUGGAAAAGGAGGACAACAAGGCCCUGGACAACAAGGUGGCUUCCCAGGUGGUGUCACAAGCGGCGUCGUUGAUCAACAAACCUUCAACCAAAUCAGCAACUUUAACAAUGGUGGAAACAACAACCAAGGCGGCGGUUUCCAACCAAGCGGCGGCAACAACCAACAACAAGGUGGCUUCCAACCCCAACAACCUUCAUUCGGCGGCGAUGAUAACGAUGACGAUGAAAGCGAAGAACAAGUUGCUCCCGUAGCUCCAUCAAGACCUUCCUUGCCACGUCCCACCAACAACCAAGGAUCCGAAGGCUUUGGCGUCGAUGAGGAAGAUUCGUCAAGUGGAUUCCCAUCGGGAGGAUCAGAAGGCUUCGGAGACGGUGACGAAGAUGAAGAUGAGGAUGAAGACGACAAUCUUUCCGCUCAAGUUGAUAUCCGUGGACCUACGGAACCAGCACCUCAACCACAAAGACCUCAACCUCCAGCGCCAAAACCAGUUCCUCAACGACCAUCAGCUACACAAAAGCCAGCAGGUCCACAAAGACCCGCUCCUACCCCAGCUGCCAACAAAUAUCUCCCUCCUCUCUAA